GUUGAAUCUCUUCUACGACCACUUCAACUUGUCGGCGGGAAAGAAGUCUCUGUACCUCUGCAAUCUUAGACGUCCUUGAGAGAGAGAGAGAGAGGAACGAAUCGAAACGAUGUCGUAUUUGCUACCACAUCUUCACUCAGGAUGGGCCGUUGAUCAGGCCAUCCUUGCCGAAGAAGAGCGUCUGGUUGUCAUCCGCUUUGGCCACGACUGGGACGAGACCUGUAUGCAGAUGGAUGAAGUGCUAGCCUCAGUUGCUGAGACGAUUAAGAACUUUGCAGUGAUAUAUCUGGUCGACAUCACAGAGGUACCUGAUUUCAACACAAUGUAUGAGUUGUAUGAUCCAUCAACGGUUAUGUUUUUCUUCAGAAACAAACAUAUUAUGAUUGAUCUUGGCACUGGCAACAACAACAAGAUCAACUGGGCUCUCAAAGACAAGCAAGAGUUCAUUGACAUUAUUGAGACGGUCUACCGUGGAGCAAGAAAGGGUCGUGGUUUGGUUAUUGCUCCCAAGGAUUACUCAACCAAGUACCGCUACUGAGAGUCAUAUUCUGCUGGAUAUCAGCUUAGUUUGAGUCCUUGUAAGAUAAAAACCCCAAAACCUGUUGGGUGGAUAUUGAAUUCUCUGGAAGUCCUAUCUGCUUGAAAGUCUUUGAUUUUCAUUUAGCUUUCUUAAUCAUUGUGUGACAACUUUUAUUUUGUACUGUUUAUGAUUCUCCUUUAUAUGUAAAAGCAGGGAACACAAUGUUUUUCUUGGA